ACGGAAGUAAAUAUAGUCCUUUUUCAGUAAUAGAAUAUUUCUCUUUCUUUUUCCAUAAAACUUGUUAAAAUGGUUUCACUUUUAUCAAGAGUUAUCAAAUAUUAAUCUCUCUCUCGCCCAUCUCCUCUCUCUCUCAAUCCAACCAGCAGAACUCGAUAUCAAUUUCAAGAGAGAAAGAUGUUAUUGUUGAAGCAAAUUUUGGGUGAUAGGAAGCCUGAGGUUUCAGGAUUAAUGAUGUCUAGCUGCUGUCCCUUUUCAGGUUUAAAGUUAUUUUUACAGUCACUGCCUUUAGCACAUUAGUGUGGAGACAAGUUUGAGUGUCACAAGGGACUGAAAUUGGCUCUCUUUGAUCUAACAAAAUGACAGAAAUUUUUGGAUAUACGGCUUGCAGACAGUUAUCCCAGAUGAUUCUGGCUGUUUUCUUUUUUCAUGGUUCUGAAUACGUUUUAGCGGCUGCUAUUCAUGGGAGAUCAAAAGUUAGUCUUAGUUCACUUUUGAUCAGCAAAGCUUAUGUGUUUGCGAUGAUGUUUUCAUUGCUCGAAUAUGUCGUUGAGAUUGCUUUAUUUCCUGGGUUGAAGGAAUAUUGGUGGGUAAGCAAUUUAGGUCUCGUGAUGGUUACAAUUGGAGAGAUUAUUCGGAAACUAGCGAUUAUAACAGCUGGACUAGCAUUCACGCAUCUGAUUAAGGUUUAUCAUGAGGAGCACCAUAAUUUGAUUACUCAUGGAAUCUAUAGGUUUUUUCGCCAUCCAUCAUAUACUGGUUUUUUAAUCUGGUCAGUUGGCACUCAGAUAAUGUUAUGUAAUCCCAUAUCGACAAUUGGAUUUGCAAUUGUUGUCUGGCGCUUCUUUUCUCAACGGAUACCGUACGAAGAGUUUUUCUUGAGGCAGUUUUUUGGGUCGAAGUAUGAGGAAUAUGCUUUGCGAACUCCUUCUGGGGUUCCUUUUGUGAAGUGAAAUCUUAUGGUGUCUGCACAAACAGUUGAACUCAUUUGGUGCACUCAUCUUGCUUCAUGAAGAUAGCUUCAGAAAAGUUCCAGUGAUGCUUUGUUGAAGAGAGAUGGAACUUCUUUGAAGCUGAACUGAUCAUCCCAAUGAGCUUAAAUUUGCCGUUACUACAUUAGGUGGUAAAGCUGACGCUGAUUUCUUGUUGUCAAUCCAUUUAAAAUUUCCAAAUUCAUUGGAAUGGGAUAAUUUUUGUUCUUUGAUCCUAUACCAAGACUGUAAGUCUGUAAUCUUGCGUAUGCUUUAAACAAUGAUAUUUUUAUUUAUAUGCUCAUUUGAAAUUAUUCA